AUGUGUAUUUUUCUUUUCCAGACACUCUUCCGACUCACGAAGCUUCGUUUACUGGAUCUCAGCGAUAAUGACAUUUUCUGCGUUCCCCCUGAAAUUGCUUCCUUAUCCAAUCUCGUAGAGCUCAAUCUCAGUAGAAAUGGUCUGUAUAGUGUAUUGUUUACUUCGAGCGCUUUAGUUCCGUUUUCAGAUAUAUCUGACUUGCCAGAACAGCUGAAAGAGUGUAAACUGCUCAUGGUUUUGGAUCUUAGCUCAAAUCCGAUUACAAGGUUACCGGAUACGAUAGCGCACUGCGUUUCUCUCACACAUCUAGGGUUAAAUGAUGUGUCGCUAACCCAGCUUCCAGUUGACAUAGGACAGCUGGUUAAUCUUCGUUCGUUGGAAGCUCGGGACAACCUUAUCCGAACAUUGCCUGCUAGCAUAACGCAUAUGAAGAACUUGCAAGUUAUUGACCUCGGCCAAAACGAGCUCGAUCAGCUGCCUGCGGAGCUGGGUUCCUUGGAGUCCUUGCGGGAAUUGUACGUCGACUCGAACGACCUGGAAGCUCUUCCUGAACAGCUAACAAAGUGCACUUACCUUGAGCAGCUGGAUGCAAGCGAGAACCGGCUUUCUUGCUUACCUGAGGAAAUCGGGGAUCUUUCUCAAUUGACUGAUGUUAACCUCGCUGACAACGAGCUGCAAACCAUCCCCAAUUCCAUAGGGCGAUUGAAGAAGUUGACCAUCUUGAAGCUGGAGAAGAACCACAUCCAUCACCUUACUCAGUCAAUUGGAAGUUGCGAGCAACUAGCUGAAUUGUUCCUUACUCAUAACUUGCUGCAAGAGUUACCGUCCUCUAUUGGGAAUUUGAAGAACCUGAAGAAUUUGAAUGUCGACCAAAAUAAGCUUUCAGCAAUACCAUCAACGAUUGGAGGUUGUUCGUCAUUAACAGUGCUGUCCCUGCGAGAAAAUGAAAUCACUGAAAUACCCAUGGAUAUAGGAAAGUGUGAGAAGUUGACUGUGUUGGACUUGUGCAAUAAUCGCUUGAGCCAUCUUCCUUUCACCAUCAACGUUCUGUUCAAAUUACAAGCUCUUUGGUUAAGUGAGAACCAGUCUCAAGCUAUGUUGAAACUGCAAGUCGAACGAGAUCCCCGUACUGGUGUGAAAGUGCUUUCCUGUUAUCUAUUGCCACAACUGAGCGCGCAUCCUCAAAACGAUCGAAGCGGUCAAAACCGCACUUUUGUCGGCGGCCCGAAGGUGCAUUUUCCCGAUCAAGACGCUACGAUUGACGAGGACAAGUUGCCAGUCGGACAGUUUGAACGGCAUGACACCCCACACCCAAAACCGCAGAAACUGAAGAAAAGCAGCAUCGAUGGGCAUGUGAUACAUCACGAUGGGCAAAACCAGGUAUGCGAAGAAACAAUGAAUAUUUACUACUUAUUGUGGCAAUUCAAGAACCAACCGGCUACCCUUGUCCUUUCGAAGAAGCCAGCGCCUGGUAUGGACACUUCACCAACAGGAGUCAUUCCGCAACCUGCUCCUCGCUCGGCGCUCAAGUUUCAAAGUGUUCCACCCACAGAGUGA